AGUGUUGGAGGACCAAAGUCAACUACACUAAAGGAAGAUGAUUUGAUCAUAAUUCAGCCUAACGUCGAUCGCUUCAAAACAGCACCACAAAUUUCUGUAGCAUUACGAGAAGAAUACGGUUUAAAUGUAUCUGUAACCACAAAUUCGAGACGCUUGCGAAAGGUUGGCUUAUAUGGACGUAGGCCAUGA